AGUUGGUUGUGAGUGUGUGUAAUUCGGUACGUAGCAAUAGUCAGUCAUCGUGGGUUUGAUGAUGUUAUUUUCUCUGACUGUGAAUAUCGCACACAUUUACCAAAGGAAAGAUUUAACAUACAGACGCCUUUUUCAUUCUCUCUCACUAGCAAUGUGAUUUUCCCAAUGGCUUAGUUGAACUUUUGAAAUUGUGUGUUAUUGAAGCGAGCCAGUAAAUGGCAUUCGAGCUGCUGGACUGCUAAGAUUUUGCUGACAUUCGGAAUUGUUUUAUUUUUUUAUUUUUUUUUUUUUCACAUUGAACCAUCAUAAUUAUACAUAUAUUUUCGAGAUUUUAUUUCACAUCGAUUCCUGACAGUUACAGUUUUUUUUUUUCUGGGAAUUAACACAAAACAAUUUUGGCAAUGUAUUAGUUAAUUUCGGUGAAAUGCGCCAGAAGUACAGGACCAUACUCUCAUUUACAACAGUAGCAGCAGUAGUAAUAAAUAAAACAACAAGUUCAUAUACAUUAUAGCACAAAUAAUGAAAUCACUUUCACUCCAUCGAUCUUGAAUUUGAUUCUAUAACCAGUCAAUAAGUUGAAUCGACAAGAAAAAGAGAGUGUAUGCGUUCUGUACGGUGAAUUUUUACGACACCCAAUUAAACCUUGUUAUCAUUUGAAUUCGACACAGUCCGAUAGUCCUAAACAAAUUGCAGCAAUAUUCACUGUUUAACCAUGGAGGAACGUUUACACAAUCGACGACGACAACAACAAAACCAACACGUAAACGGCUUUCGUUUAUACGUCGAUCAAAAUCAUGAUGAAAUCCGAGACGAAGAAGAAGGCAAUGGUAGUGAUGAUAGUGCCAGUGGCGAUUCAAAUGAAUCAACGUCUGAGUUGUGGGUUUUUGGAUACGGAUCUUUGUGUUGGUUUCCAGGAUUUGAAUACACAAAAUGUGUGACCGGUUAUAUUCGUGGAUAUGUUCGACGUUUUUGGCAAGGCAACACCACGCAUCGCGGCACCAAAGAGAAACCAGGCCGUGUUGUAACAUUAGUCAAAGAAACCGACGGUAUCACAUGGGGCUGUGCCUAUAAGAUUACGGGUUCGACGGCGCUUAACUACUUGAAACAGCGUGAAUGCACACUCGGCGGCUACACAACGUUAUAUUCGAAAUUUUAUCCAAGGGUUGCGGCCGAUGACAUGGAAUUAUGUGGUGAAGCAUUUCCAACGCUUCUGUAUAUUGCCACCGAGAAGAACAGCCUUUGGAUGGGCGACACACCGUUACCGAUCAUCGCUCAGGAAAUUGCCGACAGUCAAGGAGCAUCUGGACACAAUGUGGAAUAUUUAAUUCGACUCGCGAAUUUUAUGCGCGAAGAGCUAAAAGGUGUUGUUGUUGAUGACGAGCAUUUAUUCCAAUUAGAACAAAUUGUGCGAGAUAUUUUGGCCGAACGAAAAAUUUGUGUAUACAGUCUGAUGGGUCGGCAACCAGAACGAAUUGAACGUGAUUCGCAUGAGGAAAUCCGAAGACCGACAACAUUUGAAUUUAGUUCACGUGUGCCAGACAAAAAAUUGCGUUGUCUCAACAUUUAAGACUGUCCAUAGGCAAAUCAACAAAGAAAAUCCAUUUCCGCAAGAGCAUAUAGUAUGCACGCAUCAACAAAUGUCUACCAACCAAAAUCGAUGUUGUUGUUGUUGUUUUUUUUUUUUUAAAUCGCAACGAAUAUUAUAAAUCAGAUUGUAAAAAAAGUAAACAAAAGGCAACAAAAUUGUAAGAUAUUUAAAUGAUAAUAAGCGUUAAAUUGCGAAUAAAAGAAAUCGAAUUAAAUUGUUGUGAUUCAUAGUUUUUCUACGACAAGACGACGUUAUGAAAAUGAGAAAAUUCCUAUUAAUUGUAAAAAAGAGAUUUAAGAUUAAGUUAAAUGAAAAAAAAAAAGAACGAAACAAACCCACUGUUACAUUAUGAUUUUUCUGUUACUCGAUGAUUUCAUGGGAUUUUUUCUAUUCAAAUGUUCAUUAUAGCCGAUGAUUUUGGUUGCAUUAGCUAACAUUUGGAACAAAAAUCAAGUUUUGUUUUUUGUAAAAAAAAUGUAUUGUUGAAUUUGAUUAAAGGCUCCGUCAACAUGAUUUAUUAUCGUACCCAGAGAAAAAGAAA